UGACAAAGUUAUUGAAUGAAUAAUAUUUCAAUAACUUAUUUUCUACGUUAUUGCGGCUUAAAAUUUAGUGACCGAUAAACUACAACAACAACUAAGAGUCUCUGAAAAAAAGUCAUGUGACGCUAAUUAUGCAGAAGCACACUUCAGCCUUACUUCGAUGUUCAAGGACUUUUAUCAGUUGCUUUUCAAAUAAAAUGUCUACGGUAGAUACAAACUUAUUGUCAAAACCUCAUUCUGUGAUAGGGGUUUGUCAGAUGACUUCAACUGGUGACAAGUUAGCAAACUUUCAGCAUGCAAAGUCACUAGUGGAAAGAUGUAAAGCCCUUGGUGCAAAGAUGGUGUUUUUACCCGAGGCUUGUGACUACAUAGCAGACAGUAAACAACAAAGUAUGGAAUUUGCUGAAACAUUAGAAGGGGAGACAAUCAGUAAAUAUCGUCAGUUAGCAAAGGAAUUAUCUGUGUGGAUUUCCAUUGGUGGAUUUCAUCAAAAGUCACAAGAUGAGAAUGUGAAGAAGUUGUACAACACACAUGUGAUGGUAGAUGAUCGAGGAGACAUACAAGGCACAUAUUGUAAGACUCAUAUGUUUGAUCUAGAUAUACCAGGAAAGAUACGUCUAUGUGAGAGUGAUUAUACCAUACCUGGGAAUCAGAUUACUCCACCCAUUGAGUCCCCUGUCGGAAAAAUUGCUCUUGGUAUUUGUUAUGACAUGAGAUUCCCAGAAAUGUCAUUGGUGCAUAGGAACCAAGGUGCAGAGAUAUUGACUUUCCCUUCAGCAUUUACAGUCCCUACAGGGAUGGCACAUUGGCAUAUAGUAGAUCCAUGGGGCACAGUGCUGGCUGAGUGUGCGGAGGGUGAGGGUGUUUGUGUGGCAGAGGUAGACCUUGAUUAUCUACAUAAAGUUAGAUUACAAAUGCCAAUACACAAACACAGACGGACAGAUCUCUAUGGUAGUCUUAAUCUUCAUACUCCAGUUGAAAGUAUAGACAAACAGAAGGACUAUGUUUUUGGUCAUUGUAAAAUUGGUAGUAAGCAAGUGUUCUACAGGACAGCUUUGACUUAUGCCUUCGUCAACCUCAAACCAGUUAAACCGGGUCAUGUUCUAGUCGCACCAAUAAGGAAGGUUCUACGAUUCAAUGACCUUGAACCAGCAGAGAUGUCCGAUAUGUUCCAGGUGGUCAGCUCGGUCUCUAAAGUUGUAGAGAAACACUUUAAAGGAACGUCACUUACUCUCAGUGUUCAAGAUGGACCAGAGGCUGGACAGACUGUUCAGCAUGUUCAUGUUCAUGUAUUACCAAGGAAAGCUGGAGAUUUUGUUGAGAACGAUGAUGUUUAUAAAGAGUUAGAGACUCAUGACAAUCAUUUAGAUGAAGAUCGUCUUCAUGGUAGAGUUAGAACAGAAGAGGAGAUGAAUGAGGAAGCUGCACAACUACGCGCUUAUUUCAGUUGAUAAUUUUUGCCCCAUAUCUCACAGCCAUAAUGGAGUUUUUGUGAUAUAUCUGACAUUCUUAGUUUAAGGUGUAUGAUUUACUGUUUGUUUCAAUUCAGUCACCUUCGCCGUCAUCUUCAAAUACAAAUUUAUCUUCACAAUUAAGUUGAUGACUCCUAUAAAAAUGCUUAAUAUUACUUUUGUUCGUUUAGUUAAUACAAUUUGCUUUUCAUUUUAGUUUCUCAGAUCGUGAAGGAAAUGUUUUAACUGAACUGUAGCUAAAUAAAUAUAUGUUUUUAAGUGUUCAGACCUCUGGAAGGUCCAUUUUUAUAAAUGAAUUUUUAGGUUGACUAUUCAAAUAUGGCCUUUUAUGAACUUAGAAAAUAUGUGGUUAGAGUUUUGUGAGCAAGGUAUAUUAUUGAAGGUUUUUACUUAAAACUAUACAAAAUUUUGAAAUUGAAGGUCCCUUUUAAGUACUCAUAACUGUUGAUUUGACUGAAU